AUAUAUAUUAAUAUCACUUAAUUAUUUUAGUAGAAAUGUAUUUGUGACAAUAAGUUCUUAUAUAACAGAUUCUGAAGAUUCAUUAAAAAGGGAGAAAAAGAUGAUCUCCAGCACAACUGAAUCCACGAUUACUGCUUCCAGAGCAUUAAUGAAAGACAAGGCAGCCUAUGCAGAUAUCCGUAAAGAUGAGUCUGACAGUGCAGGACUAGGUUUCUGUUCCUGCUGCUCGUGGUGGAAGUGGCUUCUAGGUCUUCUCCUUCUUCUGGGACUCCUCUGUGGCCUCAUCGCACUGGGUGAGGAGGUCCGGAAGUUGAAAGCUCGUGUGGAUGCUAUUGAUGGUGGAGAAAGCGCAGUCUCUGCUCGAACCAGUCGUUUGUCUGCCUCCUCGGAUGUGAACAUCAUUGAUCCACUGGAGUCUUCAUACGCUGAGCACAUCACUGGCGUCAGUGCUGAUAACACUAUAAACCUGGGUUCAGCAUCUGCUGCACAAGACCCUGUGGUUCUGGAGAGGACCAUCCAACAGAUCCUCAGAUCCGAACUUCAGUCGGACACCAUCAGAGCUUCACUUGCAACUUCACUUAAGGGUGAGAGAGGAGUGCCUGGGUCUAAAGGUGACCAAGGACCUCCUGGAGUGAAAGGUGAUACAGGGUUUCCUGGAAUUCCAGGUUUGCCAGGCACUCCGGGGCAGCCAGGAGCUAAAGGUGAGCCCGGAAGAGUCAUUUCUGCAGGCGCUAAUACUAACACUGUGGGUGUACCUGGACCCCCUGGAGCUCCGGGUCCUUCCGGACCACCUGGACUAUCAGGUCCUAUUGGUCCUCCUGGUUGUCCUGGUUCACCUGGUUCAAAGGGAGAUAAAGGAGACAAAGGAGAAGAUGGGAAGCCUAGAGUCUCUGAGAGUGCAGGGAAGAAAGCUGCUUCUGAACCUGGUCCUCCUGGCCCACCCGGACCGCCUGGGAAUGAUGGAAAAUAUUCAGGUAUUGGUCAGCCUGGUCCUCCUGGUAAAAAAGGUGAACCGGGAAGCUUUGUACCCACUUCAGAAACCUUCUUUGCUGGAGCGCCUGGGCCUCCUGGACCUAUUGGACCAAACGGAUCACAAGGUGAUAUUGGCCCUCAAGGUUUCCCUGGUAUUCCAGGACAGCCAGGGUCACCGGGACCACAUGGAGAACAAGGUCCUGAGGGUCCACCAGGACCACAGGGACCUUCAGGACUAAUGGGUCCCAUGGGGCCAGAAGGUCCAAAAGAUUCUGGUUUCAGAGGUCUGCCAGGACCUCAAGGAGCACAGGGAAGCGCCGGAGGACUAGUGUCUUAUGCUCUUAACGAAAACCAACAGCAAUUCCGCGCAGAGCCUCAGGAGUAUAUCAAAAAGCUGCUUCAAAUUCAUUUCAUAAUUGAUGCAUUCCGCAACAUCGACCCUGUUACUGACCCUGUUGACUUCCCUGGAUAA